AUGAUGAAAAAUUAACUGCUCCAUCAAUCCGUUAGUAUAAUCAUCCAACUCCAUCAAGAAUUGAAAGCAAAUUCAACCAUCUCAUCGUAACUUGCCUAAUCACUUAUUGAUACAGCAUAAUAAAUCGAAAGAGUUCAAAAAUAAGAAUAAUAAUAAUUCAAAUAUGUGGAUUACUCUAAAGAUGAAAGUGUCUAAAAAACAAUUAAAAAUAAAAGGACUUCCAGCUAGAUCGUUGUGAAAGUCUAGUCUCCCUAAUGCAAAGAGAUAUUUUCUAGAGAUUGCCUAUAAGAGUUAAUAUUACCAUACCUGAAUUUAAAAGAUCUAAUAUCUUUCAGAGGUGUGAACUCAGUAAUCUAAGAAUCAAUAAAGCAAUAUGUCAAGUAAUAUUUAGUGAAAGAGGAAAAGUCAUUGGCACAUCAUCUCUUCUCUUCAUAUUACCUUGCAUCUUUAAAAGAUUAUUUAUAUUCAUUCUUGCCCAAAGCCAAAUGGUUUGAGUUUGAUCAUAUUUAAGCAAAAAAGAAUAUCUCAAAGUAUUAUAGAGAUUUUGAAGUCUUAAAGAAGGUUCGCUCAAUACCCCAAUAAUAUGAAUAUAUAUUUGAUGUGUUGUUGCUUAUCUUCUAAGGAUAAAGAAAAGCUAAUAUUUCAAGUUUUGAGCAAUUUAAAAAAGUAAAUCUCAAACAAGGUUUAAAAUAUGAGAAUAUCAUUCAAAAUAUUGAUUAGUUUAGUCGAAUCGAUGAAAAAAUAGCUAAGAAAUUCUCAACUGAAUUACAUAAUACAAUACUUCUAUGUUAAUCAUUAAUCUCAUUGUAUUACUUAGAAAAUAUCUUUACAAUUGGAAGUGCUGCUUAAAGUGAACAACAUUAGUUUAAUUAGAUUUCAUAUUAUUACAAAUAUCAUUCAGAUUUAAUUAAUUUUUGGAAAAGAGUAAUUCAUUAAGAUUAAAAAUUUCAACUAUUUCUUAAUUUUUCUGCAAACAAAGCAAGUUUAGAAUCAUAAAGUUUAUCAGAUAGUAAAUGUUAUAUGGAUAGAAUAAACAUUUUGAUACUUUGUUUGAGUUAUUGUGAUGAUUAAACAUUAUUACAAAAUCGAUUAAUCAACAAAUAGUUUAAGGCGGAAUGCGAGCUUUAAUUAGAGGAUAGGCUUGUUUUCAGCAUAUAAGCUUUUGAAUUUGCCAAACUUUAUUAGAAUCGAUAAUUUUAGAGAGAUAAAUAUCUUUAAAAUGAAUUAGGAUUCUUUAAUCCUUUAUUUGAUAUGGCCUAUACAUUUUUAAUUGAUAAACAUUAAGAACUAGUUCAAUUUAACAAUUUUGAAUAUAUUAAGUAAUGUGAUGAUGAAUUUACUUUCUAUAUCAAUACUGCUUAUACAUAAUUACAUAAUUUAAACACUCUUAGAAGCGUUUUAGCGUAAAAACAAUUAAUAAGAGUCACGAAAGCUCAUUUGAAUCCUUUUAACAAAAAAAAAUAAUAAAUUUAAUUGGCAGCUCAUGCAUUAUAAAAUCUAAGCACACUUGUCCAAAAUAAUCCAAAAAUUUCAUAUAAUUUCCAAAUCCUUUAUCCUCUCUACUUAUAUUUAAAACUAUUUAUUAUCAUUUAACAUACAAUAUUACCAACUUAAUUUGAUUCUAAUGAAACUGUUGUGUAUUUAUACAAUGAGUGUAUUAAAUACUUAAAUAUUCUUUUUACAUUGGGUAAGCUAUCAACAUUAAAUAUGAGAAAUAUAAUCAAUUAAUCUUUAGAGUACUUUGAUUAAAAUUAAAAGUCAGAAAUAGCAUAAAGGCUGAAUUAAUAAUUUUUUUAGGUUUACUCAAAUUUUAAGGGUAGUCUUGAUUCAAGAGAAAAGACUCUAGAAAUAUUAACUGAAAUAACAGCCAUAUUUGAAAGCAUGAACAUAUAUUAAAUUGAGAAAAUACCAGAAUAUGACUUCUUAUAAUUUGAUACCAUCUUUACUACUAAAAUUUUAAAUUACUUAAAUUAUUCUGAUUUAAUCAACUUUGCUUGUACAUCUUCAUAAUCGAAGAAACUCUAUAUUACUCAUCUAUAAUUAAGAAUAGAAAAUGAAGCAAAUAUCAUAAGAGCUUUUGAAAAAUAAAAUAAAUAAACUCUUCAAAGUAUACAAAAAUUGAGACCAAAACUAGGGUUACAAAAGGAUAAAGCUGUCUAAUUAGUUCAAUAAUUUACAAUUAGUGACUUUAGUGAAUUGAAAGCAUUUAAUCAUCCAACAUAAGCAUUUGAAAUUUUUUGCAAACCUUUUUUAAUUUUAUUUGACAUUCCUUAAAAAAACAAUACUAAUUAUUGGGCUACACUAAAAUCUUUCCUGCUUUAGUCAAAUUCAUGGUCACAAAUUUCAGAAUUUCCCCCUGAAACGUUAUCAAGACAAAAAGUGAAUUUAAUCAAAUAAAUUCUAAAAAGCCCAAAGUUUGAUUUAGUAGUAUUAGCAAAACUUAGUUCACCUUUAUUAAAAUUUGUCAAUUGGCUUUAAGGUAUUUUAAUACUACAUAGUUAUUUGAGAUAAUAUUGUUUGGGAGAAAAGGAAGAGAAUCUGUCAGAAGAAUAAUAAUCACUAUUUACUGUCUUAGAUAUUAAAUAAUGCAUUUUAUAUAAAGCAAUAAGAUAUAUCAACUAAAAUAAAUGA